AUGUUUAGUUUAGAAAAUAAAGUUGCGAUUGUUACUGGUGGAGCAAAUGGCAUCGGUGCAAGCAUUGUGAGGGAAUUCCUUGCAGCAAAUGUAAAACACGUAUCUAUAUUAGACAUAGAUGAAUCUUCAGGAAGUAAAUUUGAAGAGGAUUUAUCGUUAAUAUAUAGCGCUGAUAAAGCAAAGUUCUAUAAAUGUGAUGUGACAAAAGAUGAAGAAAUAUCAGCUAUUUUUCAUGAAGUUAUUGAAAAAUUCGGUGUAAUUGAUGUUGUUGUGAAUAACGCUGGCUUAGCAACUGAAAAUUUAACUACAUAUAAAAGAGAAAUUGAUGUAAAUUAUGCUGCAGUGGUAUCAUCGACAUUUAAAGCUUUGGAGCUAAUGAGGGCAGAUCGAGGAGGAAAAGGGGGUACCAUUAUUAAUGUUUCCUCAAUUUGUGCUCUAGCACAAUAUUCGCCAUUUGUCUUCGUAUAUGCAUCGUCCAAAAGUGCAGUCCUUCAUUUCAGUAAUUGCAUCGGAAUGCAAAAUUAUUUCCGUCAUACUAAGGUUCGCGUAAUAGCAAUAUGUUUUGGAAUAACGAACACGGACAUGUUUGAAAAAUGUAUCUCAUACGAUGAUACUGUGAAUCAAAAUUUAAAUAAUAUUCGAGAGUACACCAUCAGUCAUAAUCUUAUGCAAACCUCCGAGGUGGCCGCUCAAGGUGUUGUUAAAGGAUACGAAGAAGGUAAAAGUGGAAGCACGUGGUUAGUUAAAUCCAACAAAAUUUGUGACAUCACAAGCAAUAUAAGUAAAGCCUAUGAAAUUAUGUCAAAAAUAUAAAACAAGACUAUAAACAUUGAUCUAUAUUUUAGCACCAUCUCCUGAAAGUGGCUUCCUUUACUCAGGGUGUUAUCAAGAAAUAUUUGAUGUAGAUUUAAAGGA